AGUCACUGCGAGCACUACUCAUCACUCUGUUUCCUGAUAGGCUGAGACAGCCGCCAACCGCAUCUGCAAAGUGCUGGCUGUCAACCAGGAGAACGAGCAGAUGAUGGAGGACUACGAGAAACUGGCCAGUGAGCUGCUGGAGUGGAUCCGCCGGACCAUCCCCUGGCUGGAGAACCGAACCCAGGAGAAGACAGUGAAUGACAUGCAGGCAAAACAGGAGGACUUCAGAGACUACCGCUGUGUUCACAAACCACCCAAGGUCCAAGAGAAAUGCCAGCUGGAGAUCAGCUUCAACACUCUGCAGACUAAACUGAGACUCAGCAACAGACCUGCCUUCAUGCCAUCAGAGGGACGCAUGGUUUCUGACAUCAACGGAGCGUGGCACACUCUGGAAGGAGCAGAAAAAGGCUACGAGGAGUGGAUCCUCAGCGAGAUCAGACGUCUGGAGAGACUGGAGCACUUGGCUGAGAAGUUCCACCAGAAGGCUGCGAUCCAUGAAUCCUGGACCGAUGGUAAGGAGGCCAUGCUGACCCAGAAAGACUAUGAGACUUCCACCCUGUCAGAAGUGAAGGCAUUGCUACGAAAACACGAGGCCUUUGAGAGCGACCUGGCAGCCCAUCAGGACAGAGUGGAGCAGAUCGCCGCCAUUGCACAAGAACUCAAUGAGCUGGAUUACUACGACUCUGCCAGCGUCAAUGCUCGCUGCCAGAAGAUCUGUGAUCAAUGGGAUGUCCUGGGAGCCCUCACCCAGAGCCGCAAAGAGUCACUGGAGGUACGAAUAAGCCUGUUAUAUGUGUGCGUAAGUCUCUGAUCAGAUGUUGGUGAC